AUGUCUCACUUUCCACGAGCAUCUCGGCAGCUGCUUCGCCAACCGUCAAUCGCAAUCCCCAGAGUCCCAUCCUCGUCCUUGGGGCCAGUCGCCCAUCUACACCAGAAGGGACCUGCGCGAUCAGCUGUUGUCCACGAACAAGCACUCCCACAAGCACAGACACAAAUCCCUCCGGUGAAAGCCGCACCAUCCUCACAAGCUGAGCCAGCCAACAUCGACACACUCAUCUCCCAAAUCCCACUAGUCCAAUCUCUCCGUGCAGCCCACAAAACCUACAAAGAAACACGCCCGCACCUCGCCAUCCCACCACCGAUAAGACGGCGCCAUUUCGUGGGCGGAAGCCUUGCUGGGUCGGGGAAGCUGGCCUUUCAACCGUAUAUGUGGACCAGCUCGACCCCAGCUUCUCAACAAGAAACGAGUCCCAAGUCCGGAAAGGGUACUUCCAACAGCAACGUGACAUCAAUCUUCCACAUCGGCCGCGAUCUAUGCGGACACCCGGGCUUUGUUCACGGCGGUCUUUUGACUGUGCUAUUCGAUGAGGUCUUUGCGCGGUGCGUCUCAGCAUCCUUCCCAAGUGGACUGGGAAUGACAGCAAAUCUUAAUGUGGAUUUCCGGAAACCUGCCCUCCCAGACCGUUUGUAUAUCCUCCGCGCGGAGACAGUCAAGGUUGAAGGGCGAAAGGCUUGGGUGGAAGGGCGGAUGACAUAUCUUCCCUUGCCACUAGCUAUGCCCUCGGAUUUUGGCGGCAUUGUUCCUGAUACGGCCGGGGCGUUGACGGAAGAGAGUGAUGGGGCUGUUAUGGUUGCGGAAGGCAGGGCGCUUUUCGUUGAGCCUAAGUUUGCAGAUGUGAGUACUUGA